CAAUCUAACAGCUGAGGCGAGGGAGAUGGGGGAGAGUGCGCCACGCUGGAGAGAGAGUGCAUGAAUGUGUGUGAUAGAAAGAGAGAGAGAGAGAGAGGGACACGGCUCUACCGGGGCACACAGUAGGUGAAAGUGUGAGUGUGUGAAUGAAACAGAGAAAGAGAGGCUGCACAGUACAGCGGCUCAGGCUGCCUCACACCGAUGCACAUUCACAAGGCAUGAAUAUGUGAUUUUUUAAACUAGAAAAAAGCUAUUUGCUUUUUUCUUAUUUUUCUUCAUCCUUAAUUUAUGACCUGGAUCUUUCUUUUCUUUUUUCUAAUCCUGGUUCCUUUUUUUACUCUUUUUGUGGCUUAUCAAGGAGGUCACUGCGGAUAAAAUGAGGAGCAACACAGCCUGAACUGCAGACCCAGAAAAGCAUGUUUCUAAGGAUGAGGCCAAUCUCAUGGGGUAGCCAUGUUUUGUCUCCAUGACAGCUAUGUCCCUCAGCCCCUCUCUGCAGUGACCCCUGCAAAGAAAAGGAUGCUUGGAAAUAACGAGCACUUUUAUCCCAGUCAGGAUGACAAAGAUGGGGAGGAUGAGGAGGAGGAAGAGGAGCUGGGAGGUGAGAGCAGACAAGAGGAAGGUGGAUGCGACGCGGAGAAUGGAGGGUUAGAGGGUCCAGAGGAGGAGAAAGAAAUGACAGGAGGACGACAAUCCUGGGAAGGGAAAAGUGGCGAGGUUGUUAAACCGGCGGCCAUCGUGGUCGGCAGGCAGAGAGCAGAGCGCCCGAUGAGGCCGGGCAAUCCGGGCAACCGGGGCGUCGUGUACAUGUCAAAUCAAGCCCUUCUGCAUCACCAACCGGCCAGUAAGAAUAAUCUCAUCUCAGGCAAUCAGAAGCCUCAUCACCCGGGCCUGAACGCGCUGCAGAAGAGACGAGCGCACAUGGAGCGCAGCAUGACCACAAUGGCUCCAAUGGAGGACACGUUCCUGACCAUGAUGGUGUUCCGCAUCGGUAUCCCGGACAUCAAACAAACAAGGUGUGUCCAGUUCGACCAGGACUGCACCGUUUGGAGCGCCAAACAACAGAUCAUCUGCUCGCUCAGCGAGUCUCUAUGGGACGCCUACAACUAUGGCCUCUUCCAGCCGGCUGGAGAUGGCAGAGACGCCAAGUUCCUGGAGGAGGAGAGGGCCCUGCGAGACUACUCACAGACCUUUGAGAAAGGAGUGCCUUACCUGGAGUUUAGGUACAAAACCAGAGUUUAUAAACAGACAAAUCUGGAUGAGAAGGCUCUGUCCAAACUCAGCACCAAGGCCAGUCUGAAGAAGUUUCUGGAUUACAUUCAGACUGGAACAAUAGAUAAACUGGCAAAAGUCCUCGAUAAAGGUCUUGAUCCAAAUUUUCAUGACCCUGACAGCGGAGAGACCCCACUCUCAGUGGCUGCCCAGUCCGGCCUGUCGGUGGAGGGCAUCAGGGUGCUGGUUCAGGGUGGUGCUCAUUUGGACUUCAGAAGCAGAGACGGCUUGACGGCGGUGCACAAAGCUGUCAGGGCUCAAAAUCACGCCGGGCUGCUGGCUCUCUUGUCCCUCGGAGCGUCUCCAAAUUACAAAGACCGCUGUGGCCUGACCCCGCUGUACCACACAGUGCUGACAGGGGGUGACACGUCCUGCUGCGAGACCCUGCUGUAUUACAGGGCGAGGCUGGGGACUAGGGAUGAAAAUGGCUGGGACGAGUCCCAUCAGCACAGGGAUGAAGAGGAGUUUGGAAUGGAAGAAGUACAUAAGGCGUGCCAGAAUGGCCAUGCCCAGCACUUGGAGCAUCUGCUGUUUUAUGGGGCGGACACCUCCUCUCAAAAUGCCUCAGGGAACACUGCUCUUCACAUUUCUGCAUUGUACAACAAGGAAAGCUGUGUCCGCGUUCUUCUCUAUAGGGGAGCAAAUAAGGAGGCAAAGAACAAGCAUGGUCAGACCCCUUUUCAGCUCGCUGUAUUGUCUGGUCACUUUGAACUCGGGGAAAUCAUCAAAAACCACAAAGAUACUGACAUAGUGCCCUUUUUGGAAUCACCAAAGUAUGUUCCCAAGCGCAAAGAGAGCUCCCACACGCUGCCUCUCCCCUCACUUCAUACUCACCCCCUCCUGCGCGCUAACAGCGAUAACACCAUGACCCAAUCUGACCCCCUGGCCCAGCCCAACAAGACUGCAACCAAUCCCAACCCAGUACAGGCCCAACGCAGAGCCUCCAUAGGUAUGAGAAGCUCCAGCAGCCCCAGAACUCGGACACGCUCCCCGUCCAGAGGUAGAGGAGGGCAAAGUGACACAGAGGAGAGGCAGCGGCAGCCAAGAGGCAGACAAGGUGCAACCUCAGCAGGCAGCGGCGGAGGUCAGAUGAAGCGUAUGUACAGUGCCGUGCCAGGGCGGGUUUAUGUGGCCUCUCGUGCUCACUCUGCUACCGGAGACAGAGAGCUCUCGCUGAGCAAAGGAGACAAAGUCAAAGUGUUAAGUGUCGGAGAGGGGGGAUACUGGGAGGGAACUGUGAAAGGUCGCACCGGUUGGUUUCCUUCAGACUGCGUGGAGGAAGUGGCGGGUGUCAAUAACCGAACAGAGACGCGAAGUGAGAAAGCCAAGAGGAAGCUUUUCCGUAACGUCACUGUCGGAGCGUACGACGGAACUGAUGGGCCCAGUGACUACAUCAUUAAGGAGAAGACAGUGCUCCUACAGAAGAAAGACAAUGAGGGAUUUGGCUUUGUGCUUAGAGGAGCCAAAGCUCAGACUCCCAUAGAGGAAUUCACUCCAACGCCUGCAUUCCCUGCGUUGCAGUACCUGGAGUCUGUCGAUGAGGGGGGCGUGGCCUGGAGGGCGGGCCUGAGGAUGGGGGAUUUCCUCAUUGAGGUGAACGGGCAGAAUGUGGUGAAAGUGGGCCACAGGCAGGUGGUCAACAUGAUCCGACAGGGCGGUAACAGUCUCAUGGUGAAAGUUGUGAUGGUUGCUCGAAACCCUGAACUGGAGGACACUGUUCGGAAGAGAGCUCCGCAGCAGACUAAAAGACUGACUCCUCCUGCCAUCGCCCUGCGAUCCAAGUCGAUGACAUCAGAGCUGGAAGACAUGGCUGCAUCUCCUUGGAAAAAGAAAGCAGAAUACGAGUCCUCUCAGGGUGCUGAUAAGAAGAGAACGGUCUAUCAGAUGGCCCUAAAUAAACUGGAUGAAAUCCUGGCUGCUGCCCAGCACACUAUUACACCAGACAACCAGGGCCAGAGAGGUCAUGGAGGCAAGAGGGACCGGAGCAAGAGUAUUGUUCCCAACAUCUCCACCGAGCAACCCUAUGAGCAGCAGGUGUCCGUGAGCAUGGUGCAGCACGGAUCGGGUUUCGGCUACAACCAAGCUCACUUUCAACCAGGACAUGGCCAGCACGCGGUCAUGAUGAGACAAAAAUCUAUCGGUAUAACAGAGGAGGAAAGGCAGCACCUCCACCCGCCUGCUGUGAAGCUAGCCCGCAGCCUUUCAGUACCAGGACCGGAAGAAAUCCCACCACCCCCUAACACAUCCGCCCCAGAACCACCUCUAUCUGCAGGCCCUCACCCUGGAAGGGGGCCUGCGAUGCCCAUUCCACCCGUAUCUCAAGUCCACUACCAGCUCCACUCCCAGCCAGGUCAAGCCGGCUGGGAGAGGGGGGGACCUGGUGUUGCUAACCAGCAGGGGAUGGUCCCCACCCUGCGCCGACAAUCUGAUGGACUGGUCGCUAGAGAGCAGGAGGCGCCCAGGAGAGGAGGCGGCAAAAUGGGAGGUUUACGUCGAGGCUACAGCAGCGCCACACCUCCAACGAGUGCUAAGCCUAAGACCCAACAGGCGCCUCAGCAUCACCCGCACGUAGCCAACAGGGAGCAGGGGGGAGGAGUCGGCAGGGGGACGGCGAGGAGGGGCGGCCGAGGAGCUCUGAUGAAGCAAUCGAAAGUGGAAGACGGGUUGAGGCAGCACCGAGGGAAAGGAGGUGCGGCCAAAGAGAAGAGCUCCAUCCCUAUUCCCACAAUCAUCGUCAAGGCGCCCUCCACCAGCAGCAGCGGGCGCAGCAGCCAGGGCAGCAGCAUGGAAGCCGAGCUGUCUCAGGAAGUGGAAGACCACGCCUCCGAAGACACAGCCACAGAAAGUCAACCGUCACCGCUUACCCCCUCGCCACCCCAGCCACCAACAUCCAACGCCGCCUUGCCUUCAUCGACUGUCGCUCCAUCCGUGUCCUCGCAGCAAAACCUGGAAAACUUUGAUUACUCUUCGACUUUCAGCUCGGCCUUCGGAGGAGAGGGAGGGGCGCGCAGGGAGAGGGAACGGUUCCGAGACAUGAGGAGAAAGAGUGCCUCUUUCUUUCUUUCAUCUGAGGAGGACGUGCAGGGAGAAGCGGGAGGCGGAGCAGGGGAGGGGGUCGGAGCAUUGGGGACAAGAACUCAGCUUUUACAGGGAUCACAUAUGGAGAUCCCCACCCCUCGGCUGCGACCCUCCAAGUCUAUAGACGAGGGUAUGUUUUCUGGAGACAACUACGUGAACUACUCCAGCAGCAUGCCCCCGGCCUUCGGCCUUCCUGAGUACUCCUCCCCCGUCCUCAGUCAGGACGGCCAGCCGAAGUCCGCUCCCUCCAUGUACGGCUCCCACUCCACCACCACCUUCAUCCACCCGCUCACGGGGAAAGUCCUGGACCCCUCGUCCCCGCUCGGUCUGGCCCUCGCCGCGAGAGAACGAGCCCUGAAGGACGACCGCAGAACUCGCAGGGAGGAGCGACACUUCGGUCGACAGCUGUCCACGGUCGGAGCGUUCCCGACCCCGGUUCAAACCCCGACUCCUUCUCUCUUUGCGACCCCUACGCAGUCGGCCUACACCUCCCCGGUGUCUCUCCACCUGAGCUCCCCCACCGCUACGACCUCGCCCGCGUCUCUGAGCCGGCCGCAGUCGCCGAGGAUAUUACGCCUGGGAGGAGGAGGAGGAGGAGGAGGCGGAGAGAGGGUGGAGAGAGAGAAGGAGGGAGGGUCGAGGGAGGGUCUGAGAGUUCGCUUCUCGGAGGACAGAACGAGUCAGUAUUCGACGCAGUAUUACCCACAGAGCCCGCGGGAGAGAGAGAGGGAAAAGGAGGUGUAUGACGGCAGAACAGCUCCGCCCAUCCAACCUCCUCCACCUCCGGCUCAACCUGCGCCCCGGAGACCUUCGUUCCUGCAGAUGGACAGCGCUCCCAACACCACCUACAUCCCUCAGUACACUGUCCCAACACCCCCGGCUCAGUCGCAUGACGCCAUGGGAGACGCUAGAGCAGCAGCAGCAGCAGGUGGAGGUCUUGGACUGAUGGUUCUGCCUCCACCUGCCCCUUCAAUAGACGUGGAUGAUGAAUUUGUCUUUGCCGACCCCUUGCCCCCUCCAUUACAGUUUGCAAACGGUAAAAACGAGAGAGGCCAGCAGCACCAUCAGAGGCGCCAACACUCUGCUGCUGCUCCCCCUCCGCCUCCACCUCUUCCAUCUUCCAGGUCCUCAAACGCCCCCCAACCCUCCUCCCAGGGCGGUGACUCCGCUGGCUCCAGCCUUACCUCCUACGACAGCGAGGUGGCUAACCUCACGCAGUCUGCUCCCUCUCCGUCAUAUCCAACCCCGCAGAUAUUUCCCCCUUCCUCCUCCUCCACCACCACCAACACCACCUCUUCUUCUGCAGCUUUGCCCUCUGCGUCACUGCACAGACCCCAACCCAUGUCCCAUCCUCACCACUACUACAACAGCUCCAACGAUUCCUCAGUAGGUGGUCACUCGCCGGCCCAGGACCGAGGCAUGGCCGCCCUCACUGCAACUAUGACUUAUGCUACCACGACCAUGACAGUAACAGCCACCGCCGCCGCCGCCACCACGACAUCACCGUCAUCCUCAGACCACAGCAUGAGCGCGGCCGGGCCCAAAACUGCCGACCAAACUCAUCACUCUACUGUGAUGCCCAUGAGCGGGGACUGGCAGGAUGCAGUGGUGGAUUCUGGGAUCGAGGAGCUGGACAGUCACAGCAGUAGCGACCAUCAUUUAGAAAUGCUGGGGCUGAGAGGAGAGAGGGGAGGAGGAGGAGGAGGAGGAGAGGGAGAACACUCAGGUGGGCAAAGUUUUGAGGUGCACAGCGCCAAAAUGGCAAACCCCGUGUUUCCAAAGAUGACUCAUUACAAGGAAGGGGGAGGGAGGGGGCUGCCGGUAGCACUGCGAAGGCAGAACAGCACCAAUCCCGCUCCUCUGCAGCUGCAGAGACAAAUCAACCCGGAAGACGUGAGGUCAGAGGGAGCUUACGCGGACGAAAGAAGGCGCAACCUGAGUCGAUCCAAGAUGGAGGACGGUUUCAGCUCAGCUCUGGCCGCUUGCCUGGAGAGACCGAUGGAUACUCGGUCAGUCGGUUGGGGGGAAGUCGGGGAGCACGAGUUGGGUGGGGGUGGAGUGCAUAGAGAGGCCAUGGUGUUGGAAGGCCGCAGAAUACACUCGCCUCUCUCAGGUGUAAAGGCGAGCAUCAUCAAUGAGCUGAGCUCCAAGCUGCAGCAGAUGAGCGGCAUGAAGAGCAUGGACGACUGGAGCCACUCUCCCAAGUCUCCUUCCAUGAACAGGUAUUCUGCUGACUACACAGACGCCUUUCACAGCCCUCCAUCCGGCCGUUCCACCUCGCCGUUACCCACCUCCUCUCCGCAGCAUCGACAGAUCCUGACACCGAACCUGUCUGCCACCCCUUCCGUCUCCCCUUCGCCCCACGUCCCAGUGCAGCAAAACUGGACCCGCUCCCCAUCUCCACAGAUGCCUUCCUCCCCUGUCCACUCGCACCCUCCUCAUUCUCCGACAUUCUGCCCGUACCCGACGUCGCCGAAGCAUCAUCGAUCCAAGAUGCGCAGGCAGACCUUCGACUUCCAGUGCAGCCCCACGAAGGAAAUGCGGUCUUCAGUCUCCCGCCGCAGAGCGCCCAGUCCUCUUAUCUACAACACCGAACAGCAGAGCCCCACCCCUCCCAGACCUUCCUCCCUCCCUAUUCUUCCCACUACACCUGUCUACAGCAACCCCUUUGAAUUCCCGGGGCCCCUCACCCCUCCCUCUCCCGGCCUCCCUCUUGGAGACCCCUACUUAGCUUCAACGCCCCCACUCUUCUCCCCAUCGGGAGUGCAGAGUCCAAACCCUCUACUUGUCUCCCGCUCUCUCUCACCCACACAUUUUCUCUCUGGAGUCUCCUCCCCCAUGCACCUGCCCCCAAGCCCUUCCUGCUUAAACUACCCACACCUUACCCCUCCCCCCCCAGCCAAACCUUUCGCUGUCAAGCCUUUACCCUAUUGGACCAAGUACGACGUGGCCGACUGGCUGGCCUACCUGAACCUGGGUGAACACAGGGAGCGCUUUAUGGACAAUGAGAUAGACGGGUCACAUCUGCCUUCGCUCACCAAGGACGACUUCUUGGACCUGGGAGUGACACGUGUGGGUCAUCGAAUGAACAUCGAGAGGGCACUAAAGAAACUCACAGACAGGCGGCUCUCCUCUCCUUUGCAUGUCUCUGCUUCUCCCGGAGACACAGACUGAGAGGGAGACCGGGUGAGUCAGAGAUGAAAACAUGGAGAGAAACAGGCGGGAUAAAGAGGAACAUUAACAGAAGAUGUGCAAAAGAAGAACACUGGACAUCAGCAGGUUGUGUUGAAAGGACAGAAUGCUUGAUGUUUGGUGGGAGUCCUUUUCUUGAAAUUUUGCUAUACAUGUAGAGACGUCGAUGUGCAAUGUGUCAAAUGACUUUGGUAAAGAAUUAGGGAUCCUAUGAAAAUGACACUCUUCAACUGGAGAUAUUCUUUGAAACUUUUGAUGGACAGGCAUUUAAUUAAAACACACCGUUUUGUGCUGUAACAGACAAACACACAUACACACACAUCGACAGAUGGAUUCUCACACCAUCUGCUGCCAGGCAGCACUGAGACGAGUUCACAGGAAAAGUUGAGAAAGUUCUACUGAUAUGGUUAAUUCUCAUGAAAUGUUCCUGGUUGCGUCUGAGCCAGAAAACACACGAGUCACAUCCUAACAUCAGUUUUGUAGCUUUAAGCAGACCAGAGCAUCGGAAGGCAGUGAGCACAGUAGCCAAAGUGGGUUUAUAAGAGAGAGAGAGGUUUGUUUGAAAAAGAUGGACAAUAAUAGUAUUCUUUUUAUAUACCGUAAUUGCCAUAUUUUCCCUAAAAGAUGCCCCAAUAAGCUUUGUAUGUUUGCUGACUUGUUAAACAGAUUCACCAGAAGUAGAGCCAUUUGUUUUGAAAUAUGUGCUCAUCACAAUCAUUCAUUUCAAACUGUUCAGGGUAUUCAUAAUUGUUGAGUUCAAGUUGUGCAUAAUGAGGACGUACAAAUGUUGUGAAAUUAUCUUUAUAAUUAUUGUUAAAAGGAGAAGACAUGAAAAGGGUUCGGGUGUCAUUUCAAACUGCAGAUCAACUCUUCUCCGACUCUUGUGUUGUUGAUGGCCAUAGCACAGGUCAGAGGAUUUGUUUUUCUAUCCUCUUUGAUGCCAUAACGUCGACCGCUCUCUCUCACACAGCAGGUGAUCAAAAAGGGCUUUUUACUGCUUCUCUGUCUGCCUGACCUCCUCAGCCUUUCAGCCUCUGUGAGUCUGUGUGUCUGAUUCUGUGCGCAAAUGUUAGUCAGCCUGCGUCGGUGGCAAAAUGCUUUCCCUGACCUACACCUUUCUCUUUAUGAUGCCUUUCUCCAAAAAUUCAUAUUUUUACAAUGUUCAGACAAACAUUGUUUUUCUUCUCACUAUAGCUGACAAUCCCAAAUGUUUUCCCCUCGUUUCACAUGUGAACUUUUCAAAAGAAAUACCCACUUUCCACGUCCCUUUGUCAGAUUGAUGAAGUUAAUUCUGUAGAUGUUUAAUGGAGGGAAACAUGAGAGCCCUGGGCUAGUUUAGCCAUUCCCUUCAGUGAAAUCAACUGUGAGGUAAAAACACAUCAUUUAGAGAUCUAUAUGUAAUGAUGACUUCAAAAUGAUAACAAGAAAACAUAGUAUAAUAAAGAUAAUAUUAAGUAUGUAAACAUCUUUAAGAAUCUCUGUCUUCCAAACAGUGUAGACAAAUCUUCUUUUAAGCCUUGUUUUUUUCUGUAAAUGCUUUCUAUACUGCUGGCUGUGUGGUGACCCCGGUGAAGCCCACAGUCGUCAGUUAAUACCUGAUUUCUCUGUGUGAGUUUGAGAUUAUCACUCUGUAUUCUCAUGCUGAGCUGUUGUGAGAAGUGAAAGGACUGAGCAGUAGUGUAGAAAGCAUUACAUCUUAUCAUUUAAAAGAGUAUUUUAGGUCUAGUGAAAUGCAUAAUGAAUAUGACUAUUUACAGUAUGAGAGUAAGUAUGCAGAGAUAAAAGGUAUAUAUAUAAAUAUAUACAUAUAUAAAGUUUUGCUUUGAAAUAAAUUACAAUAUAUACUGAUAAACUAUAUGAUAGAGAUACAAUUAAGGUGUUGAAAUAAAUGCUCAAAUAAAA